AACUCUUCCUCCUCAUCCUUGUUCUCUUCCUCGAUUAGUUUCCGGCUAUUAUCUAUCUGUUCUCCGGUGCAGCUACUCUUACGUACCUAUCAGAUUCAAUGUCGUCCUUUGUUGUAUCAACAAAGGCUCCCCGUAAGGUACCCAUAAAUCAAGUUAGGGUCCGUGAUCAAGCUGAGGUCCCUAAAGCUAAGGUCCCUAAAGCUAAGGUCCCUGCUAAGGGAUCAAAGGUCCCUAAACCAAGGCGCCUGCCUCUUGAUCAACGCCAGUUCUAUCACUCCAAAACCGGUCAGCCAAUGACACUUGAGGAAGUGCUUUCUGACCGAGAUAGCGACAAUGAAUCUGACAGUGAGACUGAGGCUCCAGAUCUGACGAUUGCUGAUUCUAUGGACGAUAAGGAAGUUAUGGAGAAAUUUAUUCAAGCUUGGAACUGGUUUGCCAAAAAGAAUAGGGUUCUCGCUGACUCUCAUAUUCCAUGGGCAUUUGAAAAAUUUACAAGAUUGUACAAGAAGGAGUUGCACAACAACUUACGAAUCGACAUGUGCUGGAGAUUAUUCAUGAUUAAACAUUGGGACUUUGGAAUUUUUGACGCAGUCACCAUGAACAAAUGCAAUACCAUGAUCAAGAACUACUCUCCUAACGCAGACAUUGAUGUUGACGAGAAUGAUCACAUGAACACAAACAACGAGGAAAACAAAGGAACUAUGUGUGCUGUGUGUAGAAAUAGUGAAAACGAUGAAAUGAAUGUGGAAGUCGAAGCUGUCGAAAAAGAACCUUCCCAAGCUGUGGACAAGACCACACCUUUUGACAGGAGUGCUGGGAAGAGGCCAAUCAAACAAACUUUCAAAAUGCAAGAGAUUAUCAAGAUGACACAGGCUAAAAAACUUAAACGUGGAAGUAGUAGUAGCAAAAGAGGCCGAGGUGGCCGUCUUUGUCGUUGCCCACGCCCGGGCGGUCGUGGAACCUCAUCUCGUAAUAUCUAGUGGGGGGUAGUUCCUUCAAUUCAAUCUGUCUUCUUCUUCUUCUUUACUUUUAAGCUUAAUCACUCUUCUCUCUAAAAUGCUCUUUCAAGU